AUUGCCUGGUGGUUCUUUCACAAAGCUCCUGAAAGCAGGGAAAGUGCCUUCAGAAUAAACAAAUUCAGAAAAGGCCCUCUAUGAAUCACUUGCCAACAGAAAGGAACGUCUUGGGGGUAUAUAGUUUUUAUUCAUGUACUAGCUAUGGAAAAUCUCAGCAAAGAAUAAACGGCACAAAGUGAGUGAAGUGCAGUCAAGGACAACAUAAGAGAGUAACCAUCAAAGAUCUGUUCCCUGGCCACUUUGGGACGGGGCAUUGAAAUAAAAGCUGCUAAGAAUUUGUUUUCUCUGCCAAGCCCAAUAUUCUUCUCUCCCACGUUUCGCUAUGGAGGAAGAAUCUGCAAAGGACUUUCUCUUCACAGACCAGGACUUCUCCUCUGAACUGCUGAGGCAGCUCAACAUUUUAAGGCAAAAGGGGAUGUUGACUGAUGUUACUCUCUGCACUAGUGAGUUUGAAAUCCCUUGCCACAGGAAUGUGCUGGCUGCAAGCAGUCCUUACUUCAAGGCAAUGUUCUGUAACAACUUUAAAGAGAGUUGCCAAGCAAAAGUCGACUUGAAAGGCAUUGACUUCAAUAUUUUGUAUCAGAUUGUCCUUUAUGUUUACACAGGAGAGAUUCUUAUAACACCCGAGAACGUCUUGUACCUCAUGGAGGCCACUUCUAUGUUACAGUACAUAAAAUUGUUUCAGGCCUGCUCCUUGUACCUCCAGGGACAGCUGACUCCUGAUAAUUGCCUGAGCAUGAUAAGGUUCUCUGAAAUCUUGAACUGCCAGAAUCUCAAUAAGAAAGCCAAGGAGAUGGCUCUGAAGUGCUUUCCUGCAGUAGCAUCUUCUGAAGACCUGAAGGAGCUUUGUGCCCUGGAACUUAUUGAUUACCUGGGGGAUGAUGAGCUCUGUGCUGAGGAGGAACAAGUGUUUGAGACACUGAUGGUCUGGAUCCGGCAUGACCUCCAAACACGACAGGGCUACAUCCAAGAUUUGUUCAAGAAGGUCCGGCUCCAGUAUGUCCACCCAACCUUCCUUUUCCACUUCAUCGCCAAUGACUCCCUCAUUCAGUCUUCACCCGCUUGUAGAAGCAUCCUGGAAUCAGCCCGGAGACAGAUGUUCUCAUUGUAUAGCACCAGCACUCCUGACAUCAAACCCAUGUGGCACGUUCCUCGCCGAUAUUCAUACCAAGAGUUUCUCAUAAUCAUUGGUGGCAGGAAGGACAACCAGACGACAACCAGGGAUGUCCUGCUGUAUGAUGAGAAAACCAACCAGUGGCUGAGCCUCGCCAAGCAUCCUGUGCGCCUUUACAAAGCCUCCACAGUGAGCCUGCAUAGCAAUAUCUAUGUAUUAGGAGGGAUGCCCGUUAGCAAUGAGAAAAGUCCAGUCAGUGAUCAUGUUUAUAUUUUCUCCCUCAAGCUAAAUCAAUGGAGGUUAGUUGAACCCAUGCUGGUUCCACGUUAUUCCCACAGAAGCAUAGCCUAUAAGAACUACAUUUUCUCAAUUGGAGGAAUUGGAGAGAACCAGGAAAUACUGAAUUCCAUGGAGAGAUACGAUAGCAUUUAUAACAUCUGGGAGAAUAUGGCAAGCAUGCCCGUGGCUGUACUUCAUCCUGCUGUUGCAGCUAAAGACCAAAGAAUUUAUCUCUUCGGAGGGGAAGAUAUUAUGCAGAACCCUGUCCGUCUAAUACAGGUUUACCACGUAUCCAGGAACAUGUGGUUUAGAAUGGAGACCAGAAUGGUGAAAAAUGUUUGUGCGCCAGCAGUGGUGAUUGGAGACCGGAUUAUCAUUGUUGGAGGGUACACCCGGAGAAUAAUUGCCUACGAUACAAAGGCCAACAAGUUUAUUAAGUGUGCGGACAUGAAGGACAGGCGGAUGCAUCAUGGAGCUGCUGUGAUCAAAAACAAGCUGUAUGUUACUGGAGGGCGCUGCCUCACUACAGACAAUACGAUCCAAGACUCUGAUUCAUUGGACUGCUAUGAUCCUGAGACGGACACAUGGACUUCGAAGGGGAAACUCCCACACAAACUCUUUGACCAUGGAUGCCUUGCUCUUCAGUGUGUCCCCUGUUCCAACCUUUUGUAAAGGAACCUUGUGUUGCUCUAGCCCCAGGGCCAUCCUUAGGAUUUACAAGGCCCUGCGCAAUACUAUUAAAUUGGUGCCCCUAUGACCAAUGGCAGCAGCACUGGAGGGGAGUGGCAGAGGAGGAGGAUUUUUUUUAGAGCUGUGAAUUUAUAAUCUUCAGCAACAUGCUAAUGAAAUAUUUUUAAAAUAAAUUUUAAACUCUGGUCCUGCAAACUUAACACAGUACAUUUAGAAAUAGACAGAAUAUAUCUGGGGUUGACAAAUGCCUGUUAAAUGGCUUCAUUACCACUCGAAUGGCUCUUUCACGGGUUCAACGUUCUGCUAGUAGGUAUGUCAGGUGUUUCCUCUUUUAAGUUAACUAGAUCCUUUCUGGAGGAAGCAGGGACACAGAACAGAGAUAGGAAGAAGCAGGUGAGUAGACAUUAAGACUCAGUGGUGCCCCAAAUGUUUGGGUGCCCUACACAACUGCAUAUUCCGCAUAUGGGUAAGGACAAUUCUGUCUGGCCCAAAGGGCCCAGAUUGCUGAGUACAGUGAAUAUGGAAAGUACUAAUCGCCACCCCAACCACCUGCUAGCGAAGCAAGCAAAGGAGGCAGUCAUCUCCAGGGUCCUGUGUGCAAAAGGUCAUUAAUUCUUAGAUCUGUGCAUAUGAACUGCAGCAAAAUGGGGUGUAAUUUGCGGUAAGUACAUUCUGUAUUUCCCAACAGCCCCAUUCUGAGGUCCUUACUCAGAUUUCACUCAAGGAAUUGGAGUGAAAUAUGGGCAAGAGCCUUAAGAUUUCACAAAGUACACAGUGUUUUAGACGAUACAUAGAAAUGCUGAAAUCUCAGGAGAAACAUGUCAUAACAAAGAUGCAAAUGUAUUUACAGUCACCACUCCCCUCUACUUGACAGAAACAGAACUCAAUUGUAUGUCAUAGUCCAGAUACUAAGAGAAAUCUCUCCUUUAGAUCAGGUGGCAUGGGCUUUAGGAAUAGCAGGAUCUGAGUUAUUCCCCCACCACCACCACCAACCUGACUCACCAUGAAGUUCUGAGCAUCCAUGUGGUCCUACAUAGUCAUGGAUUUGCUACAAUACUAAUCAGGGAAAACCUUUCUGCCAUCAGUUAAUGCUGUAGGAAGGGCUUUGGAAAAUGAACAGAUUAUACAGGAAGGUAGGGAAGAAAUGACUGUACAUCACAAAGUACAGAGGAACAACUCCCCCUGUCCUUGUUUCUGAACCCUUUUAAAUGUUUGUGAGAUGGAUAUUUGAAUCCUCAGAGCUGACCAUUGUCCUGGUGACUGGAGGAAAGUAGAUCAAGGUCUCUUUAAGAAUUUUCUCUUCUAUCUCCCUUAGGGCAAGUCUACACUAGGAAAAUAUUUCAAAAUA